AUGUGGAAGGUUCUUGCAGCAACGGCGCUGCCGAUCCUGAUCGCGCUGCUCGCCGUUCGCGCGCGCGGCGCCGACGACUACACGGCGUUCGUGUACGCCGGGUGCUCGCAGGCGCGCUACGACGCCGGCACCCAGUACGCCGCGGACGUCGACACCGUGCUCUCGACCCUCACCGACACCGCGGCCUCCACCCCCUACGCCAACUACACCCCGCCGUCCGGCGCCACCACGGGCCUGGUCGGGCUCUACCAGUGCCGCUCCGACCUCCCCGCCGCCGUCUGCGGCGUCUGCGUCAAGGCGUCCGCCUCCAAGCUCGCCUCCCUCUGCAACUCGGCCGCCGGCGGCGCGGUGCAGCUGCGCGCGUGCUUCGUCCGCUACGGCAACGACUCGUUCCUCGGGAAGCCGGACAACACGGUGCUGUUCAAGAAGUGCGGCGGCGAGAGCGGGGACGCCGGCGUCGCGCCGCUGCGCGACGCGGCGCUCGGCGCGCUCCAGGCCGCGUCGUCCCCCGCGGCCGACGGCUCGUACCGCGCCGGCGCGGCCGGGUACGUGCAGGCCAUGUCGCAGUGCGUGGGGGACCUCGGCGCCAAGGCCUGCACCGACUGCGUCUCCGUCGCCGCCUCGCAGCUCAAGGCCGGCUGCGGCGACGCCUCCGCCGGGGAGGUCUACCUCGGCAAGUGCUACGCGCGCUUCUGGUCCAAUGCCGGCGCCGGCGCCGGCGGGGCCACCCCCGGUGGAGGCAACGUCAUCGGCGGCGGCAACGCCGGCCCCAUCGGUGACGGCGGCAAUGGCAUCGCUGGAGGAGGCAAUGGCAUCGCCGGCGGCGGCACCGUCGGCGUUCCGGGCGCAGGCAGCGGAUACGGAUACGGGUUCGUGCCGCGCCCGUACGGCGACGUCCAAGAUGGUUCCGGGAAGACCCUCGCCAUCAUCAUCGGCAUCGUGGCGGCGGCGGCCAUCAUCAUCAUCUUCCUCUCCUUCAUCCGAAGAGCCCGCGCCGCCAACGGCAAAAGCUAA